AUUAUACGUAUAAAACAUCGAGUGACGCGUCAAAACCCAUCCCUGGACACUUUCCGAGAAAAAUUAAAUAGUUUUUUAGUAAAAAAAUGAGUAAAAUCAUCUGGAAAUGAUUAAAUAUUCAAGAUUCAACUUAGUUAUAAAUAUUUAAAUGAUAUAAAUACAUGCUGUGUAAAAAAAUUAUCGACGUAAGCAAGUUUUAAAUUUAUAGGUUAUGUUACUCAAGGUUUUCAUCGGUCGCAUCGCUCUUAUCAGUGAACUGUCAAACCUGUCAAACUUUGUUUCUUGAGUGACAAAAAUACAGCUCUUCUCAAUCAGAAGAAACAAAUAAUUAUCGUGCAGUACAAUAGAAAAUUUUCCAUGUAUUAAUAAAUUUUUGAAAAAAAUGAGUGAUCAAGGGAAUAAUUUAGAUGAUCCCGACGCUGAGGUGUCUAUUGAAACUGUUGAUAAUGCAAGUUUAGGUCGUUAUUUUAAUAACACAACACACACUAUUUUUGAUGAAUUAGUCUCGUCAGAAAAACCUGAUGCAUUUGCAACAGUUAAAAAUCCAGUAUUUGAAAUUCCCACAACGUCGCCAAGUGGAUUUUUUGAUAAUGAAACAGAAUCAUUGAAUGAACCUUCACUAGCAAAUGAUUUACAAAGAGAUGUCUGGAUUGCUUCAGAAAGUACAACAAAAAUUCUUCGAACUAUUGCUACAUCAACUAAUGGAACAAAUUCUAUUAACAGGGAAUUAUUGACAAUGCCAGGACUAGCAAUGCAGGACGAUAUGAUUGACCCGACGAAAGGUGCAGUUUUGCAUAUUUUAGGUGAGGACGAAUUUUCCAGUAGAAAUGUAUUAACAGCAUCCGAUGUAACGCAAGACGAACGUGGCUUGAGAAAUUUAAUUCAAGCCGGUUGUUAUCGAGCGGCAAUAAAUCUCACCGGCCGUUUACUCGCCGUCUAUGGUCAAGGAUUUGGUAAAAUAAAUCUUCCCAGUAAACAUACGCCGCAUUCUCUUCAACUAUGGUUCACACGACUCUCACUAUUAACCAAAUUACGACAAAUCGAAAUUCUCGAGACUGAAUCACGACCCUUUGGAAAUCUCGAUAAACCCGAUAUGUAUUUUAUUUAUUAUCCUGAACUUUAUGGCACUCGACCCGGCUCAAUGGCAUCAUUCUCCUUUCGUCUAUUACUAGCUGAAAUACCCACCUAUUUGGGAAAAUCGAAACAAGCAAUAGACAAUCUUUAUCAAAUUCUAGCAAUUAUUAAGAAAAUAGUGAAGAACUUAGCAGCCGGUCUCAGUGGCGAUGGGAGUCAAAUAAAAAAUGAAACAAAUAAACAGGAGGAUGUUUUACGCUUAUGGAAUGGACGGAAAUGUCGAACUUUAAUUUCAAUUAUUAAUUGCGCAAUGGGAAUGAAAAAUUAUAUAUUGGCGAGUGAGAUUUUAGAAAAUUUGUACAGUUCAAUGGAAUGGAAGAAAGCGGAAGGUGAAACACUCACAUCAGCAAUUGGACGAGUGCAUCUUAUAUUGGGUGAUGUCUCAGCAGCUGAGAAGCAAUUUUUAAUAACAAGAGACACACCGCCGUCGUCGAAGAAUAUCAGGGAACUUGUCGAUCGAGGAUUAAUGGCAGUGGCACAAAAUGCAUUUCAAGAGGCCUUAAAUUGCUUUCAAAGUGCAUCGGCACUAGAUCCUUCGAAUGUUAUGUUACGUAAUAAUAUUGCCGUUUGUUUAUUGUACACCGGAAAAUUGGAAGCGGCUGUUCUUCUAAUGGAAAAUGCAAUGACAAGAAAUCCCAUAAAAUGUCUUCAGGAAUCGAUAAUUUUAAAUCUCUGUACAUUAUAUGAAUUACACACGACACACAGCAAACAAUCAAAAUUACAUUUAUUGAGGCAAAUUAAUAAAUUUAAGGGUGAUUCCUUUGAUAUUGGAUGUCUUCAACUAGGUACGUAGGUAAAUAAAAUUGUUAAAUUAUUUCUUCA